GCAAGCUGAAAAAAGUAAAGAAAAAGAGGAGACGGGAUGAAGAACUCUCUCCAGAGGAGUCUCCACGGUACCACCAUCACCAGACCAAAGUUUUUGCCAAGUUCUCUCACGACACACCCCCACCUGGGUCCAAGAAAAAGCACUUGUCUAUUGAGCAGCUCAACGCGCGCCGGCGGAAGGUGUGGCUGAGCAUUGUCAAGAAGGAGCUGCCAAAGGCAUACAAACAAAAAGCCUCAGCUCGCAACCUCUUCCUAACCAACAGCAAAAAGCUUGCCCAUCAGUGCAUGAGGGAGGUACGUCGAGCUGCCAUCCAGGCCCAGAAGAACUGUAAGGAGACUCUGCCACGGGCACGGCGUCUUACCAAGGAGAUGCUCCUCUACUGGAAAAAGUAUGAAAAGGUGGAGAAAGAACAUCGCAAAAGGGCUGAGAAAGAGGCUCUGGAGCAACGCAAGCUGGAUGAGGAGAUGAGAGAGGCUAAGAGGCAGCAACGAAAACUGAACUUCCUGAUCACACAGACUGAAUUAUAUGCCCACUUCAUGAGCCGUAAACGAGACAUGGGACACGAUGGAAUCCAGGAGGAGAUCCUGCGCAAGCUGGAGGACAGCUCCACCCAAAGGCAGAUUGACAUUGGGGGGGGAGUAGUGGUCAACAUCACUCAAGAAGAUUAUGAUAGUAACUAUUACAAGGCCCAAGCUCUGAAGAAUGCUGAGGAUGCUUACCAGAUUCAUCAGGCCCAAACCAGAUCAUUUGAUGAAGAUGCAAAGGAGAGUCGGGCAGCUGCAUUAAGGGCUGCUAACAAGUCUGGCACUGGCUUUGGAGAGAGCUACAGUCUGGCAAACCCAUCCAUCCGGGCAGGAGAAGAUAUUCCACAGCCUACUAUUUUCAGUGGAAAACUGAAAGGUUACCAACUGAAAGGCAUGAAUUGGCUGGCCAACCUGUAUGAGCAGGGCAUCAAUGGGAUCCUGGCAGAUGAAAUGGGUCUGGGUAAAACAGUACAAAGUAUUGCUCUCCUUGCACAUCUGGCUGAGAGAGAGAACAUCUGGGGACCUUUUUUAAUAAUUUCACCUGCCUCUACUCUUAACAACUGGCACCAGGAAUUUGCCAGAUUUGUACCUAAGUUUAAGGUGCUACCUUAUUGGGGAAAUCCCCAUGAUAGAAAGGUCAUCAGGAAGUUCUGGAGUCAGAAGACAUUGUAUACUCAGGAUGCUCCUUUCCACGUGGUGAUUACCAGCUAUCAGCUAGUAGUCCAGGAUGUGAAGUAUUUCCAGCGAGUGAAGUGGCAGUAUAUGGUGCUGGAUGAAGCUCAAGCACUCAAGAGUAGCUCCAGUGUUCGUUGGAAGAUCCUACUGCAGUUCCAGUGUCGAAACAGAUUGUUGCUGACUGGCACCCCAAUCCAGAACACGAUGGCUGAGCUGUGGGCCCUGCUGCAUUUUAUCAUGCCAACACUGUUUGAUUCCCACGAAGAGUUCAACGAGUGGUUUUCUAAGGACAUAGAAAGCCAUGCAGAGAACAAAUCUGCCAUUGAUGAGAACCAGCUGUCCCGCUUGCACAUGAUCCUGAAGCCCUUCAUGUUGAGAAGAAUCAAGAAGGAUGUGGAAAAUGAGCUGUCAGAUAAGAUUGAAAUUUUAAUGUACUGCCAGCAGACAAGUCGACAGAAGCUGUUGUACCAGGCUCUGAAAAACAAAAUCUCUAUUGAUGACCUCCUGCAGUCCUCAAUGGGCACUACCCAGCAAGCACAGACCACCACUAGUAGUCUCAUGAAUCUAGUCAUGCAAUUCAGGAAG